AUGGGAAAGAUUAGUAGCUGGGACGAGACGUUCGAUGUCGUGGCGGUGGGAUCUGGCGCCGCCGGUGUCGUCGCAGCCUUGAGCGCGCAGCACCACGGCGCGACAGCCAUUGUGCUCGAGCGCAGCGACAAGCUUGGAGGGACCACUGCAUGCUCGGCAGGUGGCUUGUGGAUUCCAAACAAUGACCACAUGCACGAGGUCGGAUCGAGUGACUCACGCGAGCAGGCACUCACCUACCUGCGCAGCCUCUCGCUGGGCGGAAUGGAUAUGGAGCUGGCCGAGAUCUACGUGGACGAAGCUCCUGCCGUGGUGCGCUUCCUAGAAACAGAUAACUCCCUCUCGUUCAACGCUACCAGCUUGCCUGACUAUCAGCCCGAGAAUCCCGGAGGCACUUUUGGGCGGACGGUUACGCCGCAACUGUUCCCCGCCGAUGAGCUCGGCGAUCUCCGCCCACAUUUACGGCCAGCACCAAGUUUCCCAGUCCCGUUCUGCUGGGAGGACAUCCAGCGCGGCAUCAAUUUGAUUAAUCCAGAGGUUUUUCGCGACCGACUCGCUCGAGGCCUGGUCGGGGGAGGAGAGGCACUAAUGGCAGGGUUGAUCAAGCAGGCGCUUAACAAGGGAGUCGAGUUCCGACGCAAUGUUCGUGCGCGACGCCUCGUGAUCGACGAAGGUACGGUCGUUGGACUCGAGUACGAAAACGAAGGACAAACUCGCACAAUUGGCGCGCGGCGCGCAGUGAUCCUUGCAAGCGGCGGAUUUGAGUGGAAUGAGGGCCUGGUCAAGGACCAUGUCGCCGGCCCAAUCGAAGCGCCAUUGAGUCCGCCAUCUUGUGAAGGAGAUGGCCUCGUCAUGGCGAUGGAGGCGCAGGCAGCCAUUGCCAACACAAAAGAAGCCGCGUGGAUGCCCGCGAUUUGCAUUCCAGGCGAAGAAUAUGAUGGGCGCCAACUCUACCGAUUGACUGGAGGCGAACGAGCAAAUCCCCGAUCAAUCAUGGUGAACAGGGCUGGAAGGCGCUUCGUGAACGAAGCACACAACUAUAAUGACAUCGGUCGAGCCAUGCACAACUUCGAUGAGAUGAAAUUCGACUAUCCAAAUCUGCCCGCCUGGAUUAUUGUCGAUCACGAGUUCAUGGAGCGCUAUACUUUCGGUACUCGAUUGCCCGGUGAUCUAGUUCCUGGGUGGUUGGUACCAGCUGCAAGCCUGCGCGAACUUGCCGAGAAAAUCAAGGUCCACCCAGAUGGCCUGGAGUCUACAGUGAAGCGAUACAACGCCCAGGUGGAGCAAGGUUCUGACCCUGAUUUUGGCCGAGGAAGCAGCAGCUACGACUUGGCUUUUGGCGAUGGCUCGCGCAACGGUGCACUUCAAACCCUCGGCCCCAUCGAACGAGCGCCGUUUUAUGCCUGCCGCGUGUACUCCGGUGUACUUCAAACAAAGGGCGGACCCAAGAUUAACGCCAGGUCACAGGUCCUCAAUGUGCGUGGCUGCCCAAUAACAGGACUCUACGCAGCUGGCAAUGUCAGCGCUGGUUUCACAGGCAUGGCCUACCCAGGCGGCGGGGGUUCAGUGGGACCAGCAAUCGUCUUUGGACAUAUCGCUGGUCGCAACGCGGCGGCAAACGAGAACUGCUUCUAA